AUGACUUCUUUUAGGAUUGCAGAAACAGCAGAACAAAGAUCAUACAAUCGGCUGUUUACGAGAGAGCGAGUUAUAAUAGAGAGAUGUUCCGGGCAACUAAAACAGCGAUUUCCCAUUCUACAUAACAAAAUACGCGUCGAUACAGAAAAAGUGCCCUCUCUGAGUUGUUUUAUCUUGCAUAAUGUGGCUAAGCACCUUAAUGAUGAAGAUUUUGCUGUUGAUAUACCGGGAGAUGGCGAACAAGAAGAAAUCCAUAAUCAACAUGCUGCUGACUAUGCAGAUGGAGUGAUACAAGGCUCCUUACUGGGUCCAGCUUUCAUUGUGGUAGCUUUCAGUACUAGUCCAGAACUUCCAGAUGCUUCUUCGGUGAUUGUUUCUUCUUCAGCACAGGCUGUUGUAGUGUAAUCAACGCUUUUUUGUGGGCAACCUGCCACAACAGCACCUAAAAUUUAAAAUAUAUGCUAUUUAUAUUUAUUGACAUGUAUAUAUAUAUAUAUAUAUUAUACUCAAUCACAUCUUAUACCUACUGUAUGGAAAAACAAAAAAAUACAACUAACAUUGCAAUCGAG